AUGAUAUGUACUGCGUAUAUUCUCCAAGUAGACGUGAACCACCAUGUGAAUGUGGUCGGUCCUGUACCGACCGGUCUUCCUACUCUAAGUUUCCCCCACGUUUCUUUGUUUAAAGACUUGAUCUUUGACGCAGUUGCCUUGGCUAUAGUCAUUAUUGCUGUCCACCUGAGUUUACUGCGUAUACUGUGUGUCAAGAAGAAGUAUACAUGUGACGAUAAUCAGGAAUUGUUUGCGUAUGGCUUCACACUGCCUCUAGUUGGAUUGGCUCCAGUGUUCCCGCCCGCUACUGGGCUAGGACGUCCAUUUAUCAUCGAUGAAUGUGGUGGAACAUCUCCGGUAAGAGCAUUAAUUUAGUCAUAAAUGUUACCUUUUUCAUCAACUGAUCACGUAAAGUACAAACAGUCAUCAUGAUAUAAGCUGGAAUGAGCAUGAAUUCAUAUUCCAGAUUGUGAACAUUGUUAGUGGAGCACUGGUGCUCAUAGUACUGUUAUUUUUCGGUCCUCUACUUUACUAUCUUCCUUUAGUAAGUCAUACGAGUCACUUAUCAUUCUCUUCAGUCAGCUCUUUCCGCCAUAGUUGUGGUUGCCCUCAGGUCAUUACUAAUGGGAUUCUUACAAUUACCAAAGUUGUGGAAAUUGUGUAAAUGGGACUUUUCUAUCUGGCUGGUCACCUUCUGCGCUACUGUACUAUCUGACGUUAUCUACGGACUUGCUAUGGGAGUCAUAUUCGAAUUGUUUGCUGUAUCAGCACGUACACAAUGGUAUGUUGCAUUGAGAGCAACUAUCGGUAUCAGAGGUAGCUGAUUACCUUGGUCAACUUAAUCGUAUGAAAAAUGAAUACAGUCAAUGACUAACAGAAACAUGUUUAGGCCUCACUGGUCUGCUAAGUUCAAUAAGAACACAGAAUCUGAACAUGUCGCCGUCUUCAAAUUAGAAGCCAUGUUAUUGUUUACGAACGCCAGAAUCUUCAAGAAGAAAAUCAGACAGACCUACAUCAAGUGGCCUAAGCCUAUCAACUAUAAGAAGCCAAAGAUAUUCAUCUUCGACUGCUCAGCCAUGUGUGACGUGGACUACGUUGGUCUGAAAAACUUGAAGGAAGUUAUAUCAGACUUGAGGAGUGAAGGAUGUCUUGUAUACUUUGUGGCCAUGCAAGGUAACAUAUAUGUGUGGUAUAUAUACAUGAUAACACAGAUGUUCUAUAGUCAAACUUGACAAAGCAAUUCUCAAAUUAAUUGUUUUUUCUUCUAGACUUCAUCCUGGAUGGCUUGAAGAAGAUGGAACUACAGAUAGAUAACCAUCACGCAUUUAGUUGUAUGGACGAGGCACUAUCAGAAGUGUCAAGAGUCGGGAACGGACAAGAGAAGAGUCACUCUUUCAAAGAGAUAACAACAUUGUAG